CACUAACAAAGCUCGAAACGGCCAAAAACGCUUCUCUGUUCUCCCUCUUUGGAAACUCCGCCGCCCUCCAAAACCCCUUGGAAACUCCGUCUUCCUCUCCUCCUACUCCUCCUUCACAAUCACCACCACUUCGACCCAUAACAGCCCUCGCUCGCGCUCGCUCCCCAGCCCCUGAGUCUCGCCGGAGAUCAACCCUCGUCGUUCCGUGCCACCAUGUCGGCGCGGUCCCUCCAAUUCUUCACCGGCUCGCCGAGGGUGGCUUUCUUGAGCAAAUCCAACCCCAAGCCUUCCUUUCCCACCACCCUUCGCGCCUCGCCCAUCACCUUCUCCAAUCUCUCCAUCAAAGCCUCUGCCUCCGACCCCAACCCGCAAUCCCCGUCCGCUCCGCACGUCCUGGUGUCCUACAAUGGGGCCGGAGCUGCGAUCUCGCCCUCCACUGGGAACGUGGCGUCGCCGCCCACCGGCGACGUGGCGGCCAUCGAGGUUGAUGCGGUGACGGAGGUCGAGCUGAAGGAGAACGGGUUCCGGAGCACGCGGCGCACGAAGCUCGUGUGCACCAUCGGCCCGGCGACGUGCGCGUCGGAGCAGCUGGAGGCUCUGGCCGUCGGGGGGAUGAACGUGGCGCGGAUCAACAUGUGCCAUGGUACGCGCGAGUGGCACCGCCGCGUCAUCGAGCGUGUCCGGCGGCUCAACGAGGAGAAGGGGUACGCGGUCGCCAUAAUGAUGGACACGGAAGGAAGUGAGAUUCACAUGGGCGAUCUUGGUGGGGCUGCUUCUGCGAAAGCCGAGGACGGUGAAAUAUGGACUUUUAGUGUGAGGGCUUUUGAUUCCACUCUUCCUGAACGAACCAUCAAUGUGAAUUAUGAUGGUUUUGCCGAAGAUGUGAAGAUUGGGGAUGAGCUUCUUGUGGAUGGUGGAAUGGUGAGGUUUGAAGUGAUCGAGAAAAUUGGUCCAGAUGUUAAAUGUCUAUGUACUGAUCCAGGACUUUUGCUUCCACGAGCUAAUUUGACUUUCUGGAGAAAUGGUAGUCUAGUUCGGGAACGUAAUGCAAUGCUCCCAACAAUUUCUUCAAAGGACUGGCUGGACAUUGAUUUUGGGAUUGCCGAGGGUGUUGAUUUUAUCGCGAUAUCAUUUGUCAAGUCUGCUGAUGUUAUAACUCAUCUUAAGAGUUACAUUGCUGCCCGCGCUCGUGAUGCGGACAUUUCUGUCAUUGCAAAAAUAGAGAGUAUCGACUCAUUGAUGAACUUAGAAGAGAUCAUUCUAGCAUCAGAUGGAGCUAUGGUUGCCAGAGGCGAUUUGGGUGCUCAGAUACCACUUGAGAAGGUCCCGUCAGCUCAACAAAGAAUUGUUCAGGUCUGCAGGCAGCUUAAUAGACCAGUUAUUGUUGCUUCUCAAUUGCUCGAAUCUAUGAUUGAGUACCCUACACCAACUAGAGCCGAAGUUGCUGAUGUUUCGGAAGCAGUUAGACAGAGAGCAGAUGCUCUGAUGCUCUCUGGUGAGUCAGCCAUGGGUCAGUACCCAGAGAAGGCAUUGAUGGUCUUGAGGAGCGUCAGUCUGAGAAUAGAGAAGUGGUGGAGGGAAGAGAAACGCCAUGAAGCUAUGGAACUUCCACCUAUAGGAUCUUCGUUUGCAGACAACAUUUCGGAGGAGAUAUGCAUUUCCGCUGCCAAGAUGGCAAACAAUUUGGGGGUGGAUGCACUUUUUGUCUACACGAAAUCCGGUCACAUGGCGUCUCUCCUCUCACGAUGCCGGCCUGACUGCCCAAUUUUUGCUUUCACAACUGCAACAUCAUUGAGGAGGCGUCUGAACCUUCAGUGGGGUCUGAUACCGUUCAGAUUAAGCUUCUCUGAUGACAUGGAAAGCAACCUAAAUAAAACAUUCUCUCUUCUCAAGGCCAGGGGGAUGAUCAAAUCGGGUGAUCUUGUCAUUGCUGUUUCCGACUUGUUGCAGUCUAUUCAAGUCAUGAACGUACCCUGAAGAGAACUUGUUUUCCGUUCAAGUGAAUUGUGUUAAGUGGUAAUUCUUGAAUUACGAUUAUUAUCAGAGUUUCAAUGAUUGGUUCACAGUCAAGAAGUUCCUUUUCCAGAUUUUCCAUCAUUCUGCUUUGGAUUUGUAUCCAUUUGAGCCUGCGAUGGGUUCUGGAAUCUCCUGCUUGGCUUUGAGCUGCGGACAAUGCUCAGCAGACAUGGAACGUGUCCUGGUUGCAAAGUUUGCGCAGGUAGUUGGAGCUAGUGUUUCCAUUUUUUCCCCUGGUUUGAUAAUACCGGACGAUGUAAGACUCCCUUCUUCACUUAAGUAUUGACUACUGUACCAAGGGAUCCUAAACUUAGCAUUACUAUUUGUGAUAAAUGAACCUAUUUUGGA